CCUAACAGCCCUUCACCUUUUGUACCGAGUCCAAUUGGGACGCCAUGGCAAGCAGUGAAAAGAAGCUGCACACUAAAAGCACUAGUGACAAGCGGAAAACAACUACCAAAUCCAGUGCGAAGCAACCCCAGGCGCCAGCUCCUCUGAUCGACCUCGUCCAAGGCUUCCUCAAAGAGCAUGGUUAUGCAAAAGCCGCCCGCGAUCUCCAGACAGAAGCUCAACAGCGCGAUGCUGCGACGGCCCCUCCAUCAGCGUCUACCAGCUAUCCCGAUCUGACCACUCUCUUCAAGGAAUGGGAGCAGGUUCACAAACCUGGCGGUAGCGAGAAGGAGGAUGCAGACGAGGCGAUGGAUGUUGACACAAGCGAUGCAAGCAGCGAUUCUAGCAGCGAUUCCGACGCUGGACAACAAACGAAAACACAGAGACGGAGAAUAGUAAAGAGGAAGAAAAGCCCCGCUCUCUCUAGCUCCAGUUUUGAUUCCUCGACCUCAAGUUCUGAGUCAGAAUCAGAGGUUGAAAAGGCACCGCCGGCAAAGAAAACAAAGAAGAACGCUUCAUCGGAUUCAUCCUCUUCGUCCUCCAGCGACUCGGACAGUGAUCUCGAAGCCGAGGCGGCGAAAACACCUCUUCCUUCCUCUUCCGAUUCUAGCAGCUCUGACAGUAGCUCCGACAGCGACAGCGGCAGCGAGAGUGAAGCUGAGAGUAGCUCUGAGACUAAGAGCACGAAACCCGUAGAUAAGAGCAAGAAUAGCGAGAAGAUCCAACGGAGCAAGAGGGCUGCCUCAUCUGCCUCAUCGUCGAGCUCCUCUGGUUCUUCGGGCUCUUCCAGCUCUUCCAGCUCUUCCAGCUCUUCUGAUGGCGAUUCGGACAGCGAUUCGGAUCCAGUGCCUGCGGAGAACAGCGGCAAGGCGAAGACACCUAAGGAUACCACCGCCAAGAAAGGUGCAGAGACGUCUUCGUCCAGUAGCGAAUCGAGCUCCUCCGACAGCGAUUCUUCUUCCUCAGACUCCGACUCUAAUGUGGAAAACAAGAAGACGAAAACUUCACCUUUCAAUCGCAAGAACUCUUCCGAGUCCACCGCAACUCUGCCCCCUGCCUCUCCCCAAUUUGCCAGCAGCAACAAACGCAAACGCUCGGGAUCUGCAGAGGAAAACCCCAAUACUGCAAACGGCUUGAGCGACAGCAGCGGCCGACCUGCCAAGAAGGGACCAGCUACUGCCAAUCGCUUCCAGCGUGUUGCACCGAACACUCCGGUGGACCCGCGUUUUUCUAGCAACAAAUACGUCUCGUAUGACUACGCAGACAGGGCACAUGCCGACCUGCAACCGACGAAAGGCAAGGGCUUCACGAAGGAGAAGAAUAAGAAGAAACGUGGAUCUUACAGAGGUGGUAUGAUUGAUACUGAGGGCGGGAAGGGCAUAAAGUUUGAUGAUUGAAGCUAAUUCUGUCUUUGGCGAAGUUCUUCCCUCCCAGUCGCCUACGACCCGAGCCGCGAGAAAGUGAUGCCGGUUGUCGUGGCAGAUGAAAAUUAGUGGGAAGGUAAAGCCAAGGCCACGGUAAUGCAUCAGAUGUGAAGUGGCUCAGCCGUUUGGUGCGCUCGGGGCAGACGACUAUAUGGAUGAUAGAAAGGCAGAUGUGGUGACAUCGGAGUUAUACGCGUAUAAAAGUUUCAUACCCACGGGUGAGAAGCCGGAUUUUUAGUAGGACAUUGGCGUCCUUGAGAUGGGGAUACAUAGAUAGUGACUUCAAG